CGCCAAGCUGUCUCCCAAGAAAGAGUUGGCGUUUAAAAAUGGCAACGGAGGAAUACCUCCUGGCCCAGGGUUCAAGAUACAGCUGCAGCAGUGCUGCAAUCGAAACCAGAUGCAGGUUGCCGUACAGAGUCAAGCCUAGGGUGAGGGGAGGUAGAAAUAGUAUGAAAAGUAAGGUGCUGGGUUUAUUGUGGGCCGCGCUUAGCCGGCCAGCUGCAAACAAGAAUUGGAUAUGGCCGGAGCAAAAGGCUCGGCUCCAUGGCAUUGGAUUGAGUGAGCGACUCGCUCCAAUGGCGGGGCAGUACAAAAUGAAUUGGUGCCUCGAAGAUCGAGGGGCAACUUCCUUAACUGGAAGAAAGCAGCACCACACGAACACCGGCACAAUCCGGACAAAUCGUGCUGCUGAUCACUGCAAAAAUCCCCGAAGGGCGUCCAUCGCGCAAGAUCUCCAUGGGGGCCUGCUGUGUGAUGAGACAACCUACCUAGCCAGGUUUUCAGGUCGCAAUGGUAGCCACUUGAAAGUUGCAACGUCUUGCGGGGAAGGCCAGGCGCCUAAACAUUACCACCUAGUAUGGAGUAUACCAAACAUUAAAGAUAUUGUAUACUACUACGAAUGUUUAAAAGCGCAGCAAAGUGACAUGCGGAAGGACCAGGCCCUACAGAGAUUGGCUGUGUAG